AUGGAUGGAGAAGGAGCAUCAUCCGGGCUGGCCAAAUCAGCCGCCGUGAAACUCUCCGAGAUGGGCGAGAGAACCAAGCAGCUGGGCACCAAGAUGCGGGACCCUCACCAGCAGAGACGGAUCAUAUUAGUGAUCGUCUGCGUGGCUCUCCUGCUGGACAAUAUGCUCUACAUGGUAAUCGUGCCAAUUAUCCCAGACUAUCUCGCCGAGCUGGAGAGUGAGCAGUCAGAGCACGUCCACCUGGUGAUGCACCCCAACUCCUCGGCCAACAGCACAAGCCAAGACAAAAGCAUCAAGGACAAUUUAGAUGUCCAGAUAGGAGUACUUUUCGCCUCCAAAGCCAUCCUGCAGCUGCUCGUCAACCCGCUGUCCGGAACUUUCAUAGACCGGGUCGGAUACGACAUCCCGCUCUUGAUCGGACUGAGUGUCAUGUUCGUGUCCACGUGCAUAUUCGCGGUCGGGGAGAACUACGCGACGCUCUUCGUGGCCAGAAGUUUGCAGGGGCUGGGCUCGGCGUUCGCGGACACGUCCGGCAUCGCGAUGAUAGCCGACAAGUACACGGAGGAGUCGGAGAGGAGCACGGCGCUGGGCAUCGCGCUGGCGUUCAUCUCUUUCGGGAGCCUGGUGGCGCCUCCCUUCGGGGGCGUCCUGUACGAGUUCGCGGGCAAGAAGGUGCCCUUCAUCGUGCUCGCCUGUAUUUGCCUGGCGGACGGCUUCCUCCUCCUCACGGUCAUCAAGCCGUUCUCCAACAGGACUAGAGAGAACAUGCCAGUCGGCACCCCCAUAUACAGACUCAUGAUCGACCCCUACAUCGCCGUGGUGGCCGGCGCGCUCACGGUGUGCAACAUCCCCCUGGCCUUUCUAGAGCCGACCAUCGCCAACUGGAUGGAGACCACCAUGCACUCCUCUCAGUGGGAGAUGGGGCUCACCUGGCUCCCCGCCUUCUUCCCCCACGUCCUCGGCGUGUACAUUACAGUCAAACUGGCAGCCAAGCACCCGCACCUGCAGUGGUUCUAUGGAGCGGUGGGCAUGGUUAUCAUAGGCGCCAGCUCGUGCACGGUCCCCGCCUGCAAAACUUUCGGGCAGCUCAUCGCCCCGCUGUGCGGCAUUUGUUUCGGCAUCGCGCUGGUCGACACCGCGCUGCUGCCGACGCUCGCGUUUCUGGUCGACGUGCGUCACGUCUCGGUGUAUGGAAGUGUUUACGCCAUAGCAGACAUCUCUUACUCCGUCGCGUACGCCAUGGGCCCCAUAGUGGCCGGCCAGAUCGUGCACAACUUCGGGUUCGUGCAGCUCAAUCUGGGCAUGGGCCUCGUCAAUGUGCUUUACGCGCCGGCCCUGCUGCUGCUGCGCAACGUGUGCCAAAUGAAACCGUCCUACUCCGAGAGAGAUAACCUGCUAGAGGAGGCUCCGCAGGGGCUGUACGAUACUAUCAAGAUGGAGGAGAGGAGGGCUAAAAAGAAGGGCUACAGCUCGGCGGGGAACUGCCUGCCGGUGGAUGAAAACGGGUUCGAUCCCUUCAGAGCGCAGCGGUCCUUGUCGGAGGAGUCGUCCGGCCCGGAGUUCACUUAGGACGCAGAGAUCGGAACGAAAAUGUUACAGUAGUGAUUUAAACUUUUAUGUAAGUACCGAUGUGCAAUAUAAAACACCCAGUCACCAAAAUCACGACGGUGUGACGCGUUUUUCCAAAGUUGAUUAUUAUCGUUUAUUUUUCUAUUCGUUUCUUUCUCUGUUCGACUGUGAUUUCAUUGUGUCCAACAAGUCUCUGUAGCGUUUGUUCAUGGACGUGUAAACUGGAGUUUUGUUGUGAGAGAUCUGUUGAAUUCGUGUGUAUUGUAAAAAAAAAAAAAAAGAAAAGAAAAAAGAAAAGAAAUUAAAAAAAGAAGAUAUAAAUAGAUUCAUGUGCGUACAAGAUUAUAUGGGACCAACUAUAAACAGCACAGUUCCCCCUCCCCACACCU